UCUGUCAUAGUGUCAUCUCUCAUAGUCUCAUUCUCUCCCCCCCUUAUAAGUGUUGCAUGACUCCUAGGGAAGCUCAAGCUCAAACUCCCUCAUUCAUUCAUUCAUUCUACCACCAACAUAUAUAAAUAUAUAUACACACUCAGGUCUGGGACUAGUGCAUGAUAUAUAUAUAUAUAUUUUGUUGAUCCAUCAAUCACAGUGCAAAUAGAUGAGUUCAGACCCACCAGAUUGCAGUUCAAGCUCAGAAGUAAUUUUCGGGUCAACUCGGCCGGUUCUUGACUCGGGGUCUGCAGAUAAGGAACCGAAGAAGAUGAAGAGAAGCCGAGAUAGUGGCAGCAAGCAUCCGGUGUACCGGGGAGUUCGAAUGAGGAACUGGGGGAAAUGGGUUUCUGAAAUCCGGGAGCCUCGGAAAAAGUCGCGCAUUUGGCUCGGGACUUUCCCCAACCCGGAAAUGGCGGCUAGGGCACACGACGUCGCGGCUCUGAGCAUCAAGGGAAAUUCCGCCGUGCUCAAUUUCCCCGACCUGGCCGCCGCGUUGCCCCGCCCCGCCUCGCUCACCCCGCGGGACAUCCAAGUGGCGGCGGCCAAAGCUGCGGCGAUGGAGAAAUUCGACCCCCCGUCGCCGUCGCCGUCCUCCUCGUCUUCCUCGGAGAUAGACCCGGCGACGUCGGAGGAGCUGAGCGAAAUCGUGGAACUGCCGAGGCUCGGCACGAGUUUCGACUCGCCCGAGCUGGGGAGCGAGUUCGUUUACGUUGACUCGGUGGACGGGUGGCUGUACCCGCCGCCGUCGUGGCUCGGCAGCGGCGCGGACGACGAUAGUAGCAGUUUUGAGUCUCUGUUAUGGAAUUAUUAGCGUUUGGUCCCUGUGUGAGGUUUUUGUUUUCUCUUUCAACCCUUUUAUUUUUGUGUAUUUACGUCAUCUUAGCCGUUCAAAUUUUUGUGUGAAGGGCUUCAAAAUCCCGUAAUUUCUAAUUUCCUCCCAAUAUUCUCUGCUCUUGUCGUUGUUGGUGUAAUGACAUCUCUUCCUUCAUGACACUCUAACUGCACAGUGUUAGGAAAGGUUGAGAAAAAUGUCAUAAAUGCAUUCCCAUGGUUUGGUGUAUGUAUAUAGUGUGAGGUGUACAUUAUUUCUUUUUCUCUCUCUAUAUAUAUAACUUUUUAGUGUCAA